UGGGCGCCUACGCGUCCCUUGUUCGGCGUGGCCCCCUCCUCCCACGGAUGGCACCCGGCGGCACCCGGCUGUGUGGCUGCUGAGAGCCAGCUCUAGAUCUCUUCUAGAGAGACCUUCUUCUAAAGACAUCACCAGUGUGUGGAGCCUGCCGCACACCCACCCCCUGCCAAACCACGGCCUUUACCUGUGUCUUUCGCUGUUUCCCGUGCGACCCGUCCUGUGGGAGUGCUUCGUGGGCUGCCCCAGAGUUCGCCCCACGCUCAGCAGCGCCAAUGGUGAAGAUGACAAGAUCCAAGACUUUUCAGGCAUACCUACCCUCCUGCCACCGGACCUAUAGCUGCAUCCACUGCCGAGCUCACUUGGCCAAUCACGACGAACUCAUUUCCAAGUCCUUCCAGGGAAGUCAAGGGCGAGCCUACCUCUUCAACUCAGUAGUUAAUGUGGGCUGUGGGCCUGCAGAAGAGCGGGUGUUGUUAACAGGACUACAUGCCGUUGCAGACAUUUACUGUGAAAACUGCAAAACCACUUUGGGCUGGAAAUAUGAACAUGCUUUUGAAAGCAGUCAGAAAUAUAAAGAAGGCAAAUACAUCAUUGAACUAGCACAGUUGCAGGAAAAGAUGCAAGAUGUGAAUGUCUCAUUUAGCCGGAAGCACAGCAAAAUCAGUAAUGGAGGAGAACCAGGAGGAGCAAGAGGAGUGGCUGUAGCCUGGGAGCUCCUGAUAGCAAGCAGGAAAUGUAAAAAUGAGAACCAGUCAGCAGUUCUGCAAGGUUCUGGGAGGAACAUGUCAGAUUGGAGCCAGCCAGCUGACAACGGGGUCAACCUCUCGGAGGCAGAAGUGUCCAGUCAAGCACCUUCUCCGGGGUUGCUUCGCUGUGAGACAAUCACAGCCACGAGAUCAGGGGCUGAGGAAAGCAAACGUUUACUUCGAACGUAG